GGCAUAUAAAUAAUCCGCGAGACAGAGACGUUAUCCUAGAAAACUUUAUCGUUCAAGAUGAAGUUGUACGGUCGAAUCACAACAAAAUUUACCCAAAUUCUACUAUUUUCCAUAGCGCUUAACAGCAUCGUGUUUAACUUUAGCCGAGCAUUGACGAUCAAAAGAAGUGAAAAAGGCCAGUUUCUGGAACGAGCUGUCUUCGCAUUAGAGAAGGUCCUAUUUUACUAUGAUCAUAACUACGAAACGAUAACUAUAGAUUCUCUCUUGGGAAUAAGAGUUGCUGAAGGAAUAUUGCUAAAAAUUGUGACGGACAACAAACAUGACAUAUUAGAUAUCGGAAAAAUGAAACUUAUCUUUCUAAUCGAAAAAAUGCACAGAAGUGCCAAACGUAUUUCCAAUAAAUCCCUAUCAGUUGCUCGUGAUGAUAAUAUAAAAGCCUUCCAAAUGUUUUACAAAAUUAUUUCCAAACCUUGGAAAUUAUUUCAUCGAUUUCAAAAAAUGAAUCGUAAAAAUUCAGGAUUGAAAAAACCCCUUAAAAAUAUUAUGUUUGACGGUCCGACUUCAGAUCAUUGUAUUUCACUUUUGUUAAAAGAUAAAGACGGAUACGGCUUGUGUAACAUAACAGAUUCCUGUUGGCAGUUCGAGACUCAGAAAUACGUUGAUGGCUACACACCAACACAUCAAGUCCUAUAUUUCCUUUUUGGACUUAGCGAAAGUUGUGGAGAUGCUAUCAAAAAGAAGUUUCAAGGAACUGGUUUCAACGAUACACAAGAGUUUCUUCUUGAAUUGUGUGAAAACAUUUUACAAACAGCGGAACAGUUAUGGCAAGAUGACAAUGUGUUGGAAUAUGAGAAAGAUCUGUUCAUGGAGCAAUCUCUUGUGUGUAGUUUAGCAGGUUAUGAAGAUUUUCUGAAUGAGAGAUAUCUCAACACGAUUCUUAAAUGGCAAAUUGGUGUCGGAUGCUUUGGAACAAAGGUCCAUGCAAAACAAAGUACAAGAACAUUAAGAAAACCCCGAUACGCUGAAAAAUUGUUCAAAGACGGUUGCUUGAAUCAUGAAACUGGUGUUGCUGUGGCUCUCUUAGCUCAAUAUAUACGAUGGAUUUUAGAAACAAAAUGAAAUGAAGAAUUUAAACAAGAUAUGCGGAAAACCCAACAAAACGUACGUGCAUGAAAUCAUUUUCGCAAUCAAUGUAAACUUAGUGUAAACGUAUAGAUGAAUUAAUGUAUAAUUAUAUUUGUGGCAAAUAAAUGAAAAUUAGAAAUGAAGGCAAAUUUAGGGGUAAUGUAACUCCUUAUAUCAGUAGAAAACAAUAUACCAUUUAACGAGAGAAGAGAUCUAGUCCUGAUAAAUUACCAGUAUAAUGCAUUAGAGAUUACUAGACGACAUUUCGACGGAUCUAAACUCGUCAGAUGCAAUCUUCAAACUCUCUUUAUCAAUCAACUCAAUAACCUAGCAGAAAUACGGAGACACCUGACAAUAUUAUAGAUUUAAUACUUACAAAUAAACCAGAGUUCACCAUCCCUAU